UUCUGCGUCAUCGGGAGGGCGGGGCUGUCGCAGACGUCAUCAACCCGGCACUUGCCAACAUGGAAGGUGGAGAUCGAGUCUUCUCCGUGACAGGCCGUGGGUCUGCAGGUUCCGCGGCCGUGGCGGCUACCGUGCGGGAGCUCCUGCAGGACGACUGUUACAGUGACUUUUUAAAUGAAGACUUUGAUGUAAAAGCUUAUACUUCUCAGUCUAUUCAUCAAGCUGUAAUUGCUGAGCAACUAGCAAAACUUGCCCAGGGGAUCAGUCAGCUGGAUAAAGAGCUACAUCUACAGGUUGUUGCAAGACAUGAAGAUUUAUUGGCACAAGCAACUGGGAUUGAGUCUUUGGAAGGUGUUCUUCAGAUGAUGCAGACAAGAAUUGGAGCUUUACAGGGAGCUGUUGAUAGGAUGAAAUCAAAAAUUGUUGAGCCAUAUAAUAAAAUAGUAGCCCGUACUGCACAACUAGCAAGACUCCAGGUUGCCUGUGACUUGCUUCGGAGAAUAAUUCGCAUCUUGUUUCUCAGUAAGAGACUCCAGGGACAACUACAAGGAGGAAGUAGAGAGAUAACCAAAGCUGCUCAGAGUCUCGAUGAACUUGAUUAUCUUUCUCAAGGAAUAGAUCUUUCUGGAAUAGAAGUAAUAGAAAAUGAUCUACUCUUUAUUGCAAGAGCACGACUUGAAGUGGAAAAUCAAGCUAAGCGUCUGCUCGAGCAAGGUGUGGAGACCCAGAAUCCAGCUCAGGUUGGAACAGCCCUUCAGGUUUUCCAUAAUCUCGGAACUUUGAAGGAUACUGUUACCAAUGUUGUGGAUGGUUAUUGUGCUUCUUUGGAAGACAGUAUCAACAAUGCAUUGGAUGUCAAAGUUUUGACUCAGCCUUCCCAGUCAGCUGUGAGAGGAGGUCCUGGGCGAGCUGCCAUGCCAACUCCAGGAAAUACAGCAGCUUUUCGCGCUUCUCUCUGGACCAAUAUGGAAAAACUUAUGGAUCACAUCUGUGCUGCUUGUGGACAGGUACAGCAUCUACAAAAAGUAUUAACCAAGAAGAGAGAUCCUGUUUCUCAGAUUUGUUUCAUUGAAGAAAUAGUUAAGGAUGGACAGCCUGAAAUUCUGUACGUGUUUUGGAGUGCAGUUACCCAGGCACUGACUUCUCACUUCCAUGCAGCAACAAACUCUUCUAUGUUUUUGAAACAGGCAUUUGAAGGUGAAUACCCUAAAUUAUUACGUCUUUAUAAUGACUUAUGGAAGCGUCUUCAGCAGUGCAGUCAAAAUACCCAAGGAAAUUUCAGUACAAGUGGAACUGCUGACCUCUAUGUUGACCUCCCACACAUGGAAGAUGAUAGACAAGACAUGUUCAUACUGAAAAAGCCAGAUUAUGAUCCAGAAAAGGCUUUGAAAGAUUCACUGCAACCCUAUGAGGCUGCUUAUCUCUCAAAAUCCCUAUCGAGACUCUUCGAUCCCAUCAACUUGGUUUUUCCCCCUGGUGGGCGUAACCCUCCUUCCUCUGAUGAACUCGAUGGCAUCAUUAAAACCAUAACAAGUGAACUCAAUGUGGCUGCUGUUGAUGCAAACCUCACAUUAGCUGUGUCAAAAAAUGUGGCUAAGACCAUACAGCUAUAUGGCGUGAAAUCAGAGCAGCUUCUCUCUACUCAAGGAGAUGCAAGCCAGGUGAUUGGGCCUCUCACUGAAGGACAGAAGAGAAAUGUAGGCGUGGUGAAUUCCCUCUUUAAGUUGCACCAAGCAGUCACGAAGGUGGUCGCCAGUCAGAGCGCCUUCCCGCCAGCUGCUGAGCAAACUAUGAGGUCAGCCCUGAAGACGGUUCACGCUCUUAUGGGGAGUGCCAUCCAGCCCUUACUGACAUCAGUGGCAGAUGCAGUCGAGGCCAUAAUCAUCACCGUGCAUCAGGAAGAUUUCUCUGGGUCAUUACCCAGCUCAGGAAAGCCUGAUGUUCCUUGUUCUCUGUACAUGAAAGAGCUACAAGGUUUCAUUGCCAGAGUUAUGAAUGACUACUUUAAGCACUUUGAAUGUUUGGAUUUUGUCUUUGACAACACUGAAGCUAUUGCCCAAAGAGCCAUUGAACUUUUUAUCCGCAAUGCCAGUCUCGUAAGACCUCUUGGUGAAGGUGGGAAAAUGCGACUUGCUGCUGAUUUUGCGCAGAUGGAGCUGGCUGUGGGUCCACUUUGUAGAAGGGUGUCUGAUUUGGGAAAGUCCUAUCGAAUGCUGAGGUCAUUCAGGCCCCUGCUCUUCCAGACAAGUGAGCACGUGGCUGAUAGUCCGGCCGUGGGGGAUGUGAUUCCAUUCAGCAUCAUCAUUCAGUUUCUGUUCACAAGAGCACCGGCCGAACUGAAGUCCCCCUUCCAGAGGGCAGAGUGGUCCCAUGCACGCUUCUCCCAGUGGCUGGACGAUCAUCCAUCUGAAAAGGACAGGCUCCUCCUUCUCAGGGGAGCCCUGGAAGCUUAUGUUCAAUCAGUGAGAAGCAGAGAAGGCAAAGAAUUUGCACCAGUUUAUCCCAUUAUGGUCCAGCUGCUUCAAAAGGCUAUGUCUACUCUUCAGUGAUGUGCAGUCUCCAUGCACCAACCCAUGACUAAAGACCAUAGUCAUUUCUGUACUUCCUGUUGAUCUUUCCUUGUUACUCUAGUUCUUCUAUGUUACAAUGUCAAAAUAGAUUAAUCAUCACAAACUUCAAAUUGUACAUAUCUGAUUUUCUUCAUAAAGAUACCCACCAUUUUUUCCUUUUUCACAUUUUUGAACAAUGCAAAAUAAUUAUGUGGGGUUUUUUGCCACCGUGCAGAUUCUAUAUAUCACUUUUAAAGGGACAAGAUCAGCUCACCCUGCUUCCCCAACCAGUGCAGUGAUUUUCAAAUCUCACCCUGGAGUCUCACUGCUGGGGAGCUCUGGUGCACACCUGACAGAGGACUCUGUCCUCAAAGAGACACUGAUGCUCUCAGAGACAGAUGCACUGUGCAGUGUCCUUCACGACAUGAUGCUAUACCUUUAAAUGAAGCCAGGGUUUCCUUUAUACUGUGUCAUUUUAUUUGAAACAGGCACUUGAGCUUUGGAACAAGGACAUGUUAAAAAAUAAAAUUUUCUUUUCUACAAA